GGAGACCUGAAGGUGUGUCUCUGCCUUUAUAAAUACCACACUGCUUUUACAAGUAGCUCCAAUCCUUCUGAGAGAGACAGGUUGCAUCUUGAGUUAUAUUCAGAUAGCUCCACGUCCUGUGCAAGGCAGAUAACAAGCAAAAUAGAAACCAUGAGAAUCAAAAACUUUGGACUUCUUUGUGUGUUGAUUCUGGUCUCCCAGAUGCUACUAACCAGCUGUGAAAGACAGAAGGAAAGAAAAAAAGGAAGACAAGGCAUAGAAAACAGUGGAAAAAAACAAACUGAAUCAAACCAAGAGAAAGAAAAAGGGCGGAAGCCAAAAGGGGGAAAAGCAUCUCCUAAAGGCAAAUUUAAAACCAAAGAAAAUGCUGAGUGCACCUGGGCAGUGACCAGCGUGGAUGCUGCUACUGUGCGAGUCGAGUGCACGAACGGCGACAGCAAGUUCUGGUGCGAGUUCUCUGGGGACCCUUCCACCUGUCCACACUACGCAGCAAACCAGAAAUCCUACUGGAAGCAAGUCUCCCGAUCCUUAAAGAAGCAGAAGCAGAUCUGUCAGGACCCCAGAAGCAUCCUCAAAUCCAAAGUGUGCAGGAAAGGCCCACAAAGUGCUCACCUCAAACUGACAAGCUCAAGCCUCCUGGCGUCAGUGGGUCCUGCGAAAGGGGAUGCAACCCACCACAAAAAAGAAGUGGCACAGGUCCCAGCCGCUGCCUCUGAGCCUGGAAAACAGCUAGAGCACAGCUCCCAAGACUGUGUUGAAGACGUUGAUUACAUUGAUCAGAAGAAGGUGGCUGAGGAAUACUGUCCAGAAAGUCUGCUUUCCUUCUGCAACUUUUUUAUAACAAUGGUGCAAGACAAAAAAUGCUGAGGACAUGUUUGUAAAUCCCCGUGUCAUGAAAUUCUUAUCUCAACUAAGCUACUGCAAACUCGUCCACAUCUUACUCUUAUGUUAUAUAGUGUAUAUAAGAAAAAAAGUCAUACAGCUGUAUAUUUAUAUAUUUUUGUGAUUUUGUUUUUACACAGCAGACUACACUUGGCAUAGUUGAAGAUGUAUAGACUUUAUUUGCACACAGAUUUCUACACAAGUGUUAUCAAUAGAUGUUACGUACUCUGCACUGAGGUGUCUUAAUAGUCUCUUUGCCCCUUUUUGAGCUGUGCUAGCCAAAGGGAUGAAUUCAGUGCUAUGCACUUCUUGGUUAUGUACUAUAUACUUUUAACCUAAAAUUAUUACGUAAAAUAAACUUCAAAAUGUAUUCAAAAUAUUCUCUCACUCUUUGUAUUUAACUAGAUUUUUCCGUAAAUGCUAAGCUUUUAUCAAAGACUGACCAUUCACAGGAUCUAAGGAGUCUCGCCUAUAAAGCACUUUUAACAAAACUUCUGCAGCAUUGCAGAAUUCAGCUUUCUCAGCCAGAGCAUGUAAUAUUUUGAUCUGAGGGAAAUACAUCAUCAUCACUUUUUCAUCAAUGUGAUAAUGACGGGCUGCAAGAUUUCCAGAUUUUCAUAGUUGUACAAAGCUUCAGCUUUCCAAUCUCAUCAAAGGAUGUCAGAAAACUUUGCAAACUUCAAUCCUCUCAUUUCUCCUGUACUAUGAAGCACAUUUUACUCUUUUUAGGCUAGAUAAACUGAGACACAGAGAUAAAAUGGCUUGUCCAAGCUUGUAUGUAUGUCCAGGACUGGACUCCUUCCUCAAGCAGCUAAAGCACUUAUGCUCAGUGCUGCCUGUGCUUUCUUUUGAAGUUCCAUUGUCUGUUCUCUUUAUGUACAGACAACACCAAUAAAUACUUUUCCAUGUGUUAGA